ACAGUCCGCGGCUCCGUGUGUCAGCUGAUCUUUCCUUCACUGGCGAAGCUACAGAGCAGGAAAAGCAGCUGCGGGAAAACCACACUGCUGCUGCUGGCGACUUCAAGUCAUGGCUGCGGAGAUUCACUCGAGGCCUCAGACCGCUAGACCCGUUCUUCUGAACAAAAUAGAGGGACACUCUGACGCGGUCAACGCGGCGGUCUUAAUCCCCAAAGAAGACGGAGUGAUCACUGUCGGCGAGGACAGAACCAUCCGGGUAUGGCUAAAGAGAGACAGCGGUCAGUACUGGCCAAGCAUCUACCACACGGUCUCCUCUCCGUGCUCUUGCAUGUCGUACCACCAUGACAGCAGACGCAUCUUCAUAGGCCAGGAUAAUGGAGCUGUUGUGGAGUUUCUCAUCUCUGAAGAUUUCAACAAGAUGAACCACGUGAAAACAUAUCCAGCUCACCAGAACCGUGUGUCAGAUAUGGUCUUCUCCCUGGAGAGCGAGUGGGUGGUGAGUACUGGCCACGACAAGAGUGUGAGCUGGAUGUGCACUGUGAGUGGGAGCAUGCUGGGGAGACACUACUUCACUGCCUGGGCCUCCUGCCUACAAUAUGAUCACGAGACGCAGCACGCCUUCAUCGGGGAUUACUCGGGACAGAUCACGCUGCUGAAGCUGGAGAAGCAGACGUAUUCCACGAUCACAACGCUGAAGGGUCAUGAAGGAAGUAUAGGAGCUUUGUGGUGGGACCCUGUCCAGAGGCUGCUCUUCUCAGGAGCCUCCGACCACAGCGUCAUCAUGUGGGACAUCGGCGGCCGCAAAGGACGGACGCUAUUGCUGCAGGGACACCAUGAACGUGUUCAGGCUCUGCGUUACCUCCAGCUGACGAGGCAGCUGGUGUCGUGCUCCGCCGACGGAGGCAUGGCGGUGUGGAACAUGGACACGCAGAGAGAAGAGGCGCCUCAGUGGUUAGACAGCGACUCGUGUCAGAAGUGUGAGCAGCCUUUCUUCUGGAACAUCAAGCAGAUGUGGGACACGAAGACUCUGGGCCUCAGACAGCACCACUGCAGGAAGUGUGGCAAAGCUGUGUGUGGGAAGUGCAGCUCCAAGCGCUCCACGUUUCCCCUCAUGGGCUUCGAGUUCCCCGUGAGGGUGUGUGACCUCUGCAUCGACACCAUCAAAGAAGAAGAUCGAGCACCGUUGGCGUCGUUCCACGAGGGGAAACAUAACAUCGCCCACAUGGACAUGGACCCGUCCAGAGGCCUGAUGGUCACGUGUGGAAGUGACCGCGUUGUUAAGAUUUGGGAUAUGACGCAGGUGGUUGGUUGCAGCUUAGCAACAGGCUUCUCUCCGCGCUGAUUGGCCCAUCCCACUUCCUGCUCCCCGCGUCCCUCCCCCUGUGCUGCGGCCGCUUCUUCCAGUUUCACGAAAACCUCUUUGUAAAGUCUGUCCACAUCACGCCGGGAGCGUCGGCUGCAGCCAGGCCUGCUCUGGAUGAGUGUGUGUGCGUGCGUGCGUGCGUGUGUGUGUGUGUGCGUG